AUGCAUUACUUCCAGGGCAGUGGUGGUCUUCGGCAGGCGACCAAUCCAGAUGGUGGAGAAGGCCAUGUUGGCACAGUGCGCAAUUUUGAGUCCCCCGAAGAAGUUGUUGUUGUGUGGGACAAUGGAACUGCCGCAAACUACCGCUGUGCUGGUGCUUAUGAUCUCAGAGUGCUUGACUCUGCACCAACGGGAGUGAAGCAUGAAGGUACAAUGUGCGACACUUGCCGACAGCAGCCGAUCUUUGGUAUUCGUUGGAAGUGCGUUGAAUGCUCCAACUACGACCUUUGCUCUGUCUGCUACCACGGUGAUAAGCACCAUCUCAGGCACCGCUUUUAUCGCAUCCCUUCCAUUGGAUGUGAUCGGUACGGGCGCCGUGGCAAGGUACGGGCGCCGUGGCAAGGUACGGGCGCCGUGGCAAGGUACGGGCGCCGUGGCAAGGUUUCGGAAAUCCAAGACUGGUCGGCAGCAAGCCCCCGUUCCGCUGCCUACGUCAUCUGGGAUAACGGAGCGAAGAACUUGUACCGUGUGGGCUUCGAGGGCAUGGCGGACUUGAAGGUGGUGAACGAUGCCAAGGGCGGCACUGUGUAUCGCGAUCAUCUGCCUCACCUCGGCGAGCAGAACCCUGGCCGGUCUGGACCCCAUGGGCUGGGUAUCGGCGAUCAAGUGAACGUGGACCUGGAGCUGGAGAUCGUGCAGUCUCUGCAGCACGGUCACGGCGGCUGGACGGACGGCAUGUUUGAGUGUCUCGGCACCACGGGAACUGUCGUGGGCAUUGACGAGGAUCACGAUAUCGUGGUCGCUUAUCCCUCUGGCAAUAGGUGGACGUUUAAUCCCGCCGUGCUGACCAAAGUUGGCGGGAGUGGCGGGCCGAACUCGCUGCUGUCCCCGACAGACUCCGCCGGCGCCGCCGCCGCCGCUGUGUCGGGCGGCACGAGCGUCGCCAACGCCGCCGUGCCCGCCACCAGCAACACGGCUGCCGCUGCCGGUGCCACCGCCGCUGCUGCCACCGGAGUGUGCAGUGAGGCCAGCGAUGUGAAUGUAGGCGACCUCGUACAGAUCUGCUCAGACCUGGAGCGCAUCAAGCUCCUGCAGCGGGGCCAUGGAGAGUGGGCCGAGGCCAUGUUGCCGACGCUAGGCAAGAUCGGGCGCGUGGAGCAGAUCUACCACGACAGCGACCUGAAGGUGGAAGUCUGCGGUACCUCGUGGACCUACAACCCUUCAGCCGUCACUAAAGUGGCCUCAGAGGCAGCACUUCCCGGCACUGCUAGUGGUGAGCGUCUGAGCGCGCUGCUGAAGAAGAUAUUCGAGGCCCACGUCUCUGGCGACCUCAACGAGGAGCUGGUCAAGGCUGCUGCUACCGGCGACGCUCAGAAGGUGGAAGAAAUUUUAAGCAGCAACAGCGACGCGGACGUGGACGGCGUGUUUGCCGGCCACACGGCGCUACAAGCGGCCAGUCAGAACGGCCACUUGGAGGUGAUAGCCGUACUGCUGCGUCAUCACGCGCAUCUUGAGAAGGAGGUAAGGCUUAUUUAUGAGGCGGCCAGCCAGAACGGUCACUUGGAGGUGAUAGCCGUACUGCUGCGUCAUCACGCGCAUCUUGAGAAGGAGACCCCUCGCUGCAUGUCAGACCCCUCACUGCAUGUCAGACCCUCACUGCACGUCAGACCCCUCACUGCAGGUCAGACCCUCACUGCAUGUCAGAACCCUCACUGCAUUCUUGACGUGUGUGUCUUAACUUACAUCGCACUUACCAACAACAACGGCUUCAACGCUCUGCACCAUGCUGCUCUGCGCGGCAACCCGAGGUAUGUCGUCUUCAUAGUGCGGCAAACCAAGGUAAGGCUUAUUUAUGAGGCGGCCAGCCAGAACGGUCACUUGGAGGUGAUAGCCGUACUGCUGCGUCAUCACGCGCAUCUUGAGAAGGAGGACAAAGACGGUGACCGGGCGAUCCACCACGCAGCGUACGGGGACGAGCCGGCCGUGGCACAGAACGGGACUGAUGGAUGA